AUGGCAGUCAGCAGCAACGCAGAACCCCAGGCAGCGUCUCCCGUCGAACCUUGGAGGGCCGAACUCGAAGAGCAAAUCGCUGCCCAGGAGAGUUGGGGAGACGAACAAGACACCGAGAUCGCUGCAAUCCUUCUCAAAAUGCUUCUUUCUUUCCCUGAACGGGGAUACUUAUCCACUCUUGAAGCCUCAAUCCGCAUAGGAGCCGAUUACUGGGCAAAGUUUCUCCCGUCAAGCAAGGACCCUCUCAACAAGCCUUACAUGAUGGCUGAUAAAGGCUGGCCCAUAUAUCUGGGUGGCGUUUAUGAUGCGAUUUUCUGCCAGUCGUGGCUGUUGCGUUAUGACGACCCUCGACAAGACUGCUUGGUGAGGCUUCUGGUCGACUUACAGAAUCUGCCCAAGGUGACAUACCAAAGCUGGGGCGGAGAGUACCAUGCAUACCACAAUGAUUCAGUAUUUGUCUCAAUGAGUGACGAGAACUGGAAUGCAAAAUUUGCAACCGACCGGCCUGAGCCGAAGGACCCCGAGGCAAAGAAAGAUUUCAUCCUCACUUGCGAUGAGUGGGUGAACUUCUCCUCCUUUUUGGCUCGUUACCAUGGAUCCAAAGCAUACAAGCCGUGGGACAGUCACCUGAAAUAUCCGAGCGUCGACAUUGAGCUCGCGCUCGAAGAUUCCUUGCCUUCUGGGAAGCUCGGUGAAUGCAGACUACUAGUAGCUUCAAACUGGUUCAUCCAUGCCGGAAAGCUCAUCUACGAGGAUAUGAAAGAAGCGAACACGGAGGAGUGGGGUCUGAGUAGAUGGCGUCGUUGGAUGGAAAAGAUUCAAGAGAUCUUGCAGACUGGAGGACAGACAGAUGAGGUGACUAGCAUUUUGCAAGCGGCUUUGGACAGCAUCAUGUCGAUAGCCACAGAGAAGAUUGAAAUUAAGUAG